AUCUAAAAAAAAUUUCCAAGAUGGCGGAACCCGUCACGGGCUGAGUCCGUCGGUGGCGCGCUCCGCGCCGGGGGGGCCAUCGCCGCGCAGCGUCCCCGCCUCGCCCGCAGCCCAGCUGAUACCUGCUGUCAGAGCCUGGUGGAGGCUGAAGGAUACAUUUGAGUCAGGAUUGCCUCUCACAAGAUAUUGACCUGGAAGGAUGAUCAAAGGAGAAGGGAGAGGACUAGAAAGGAGUAUUUAUUCUGAUUGUACAUGGUUCCCAUUUUAAAAGCUAUUGGAAGACACUCUGCCACCCUCUUGGAUUACUUCCCAUACGACUCAGCAUGUCACUGUGCCCUGGAUUUUACAAGGUGGCCAUGAUUUAAUCCCCACUUCCCACUCCUAUGUAUUGGUGAAGCACUGGAGCUCUUUUGAGCUGCUGUUACUCGCGUGGGAACUGAUCUGUCUCCAAUCCCUUCUCCCAAGGACUAGACAUUGCCAGCAAUGAGCUCCCAAAGCCAUCCAGAUGGGCUUUCUGGCAGAGACCAGCCAGUGGAGCUGUUGAAUCCACCUCGAGUGAACCACAUGCCGAGCUCUGUUGACGUGAGCACAGCCCUGCCCUUGCAAGUGGCGCCGAGCUCAGUGCCCAUGGACCUGCGGCUGGACCACCAGUUCUCCAUGCCGGUGACGGAGCCUACGCUGCGGGAGCAGCAGCUGCAGCAGGAGCUGCUGGCCCUCAAGCAGAAGCAGCAGAUCCAGAGGCAGAUCCUGAUCGCAGAGUUCCAGCGGCAGCACGAGCAGCUCUCUCGGCAGCAUGAGGCGCAGCUGCACGAGCACAUCAAGCAGCAGCAGGAGAUGCUGGCCAUGAAGCAUCAGCAGGAGCUUUUGGAGCACCAGAGGAAGUUGGAGCAGCACCGGCAGGAGCAGGAGCUGGAAAAGCAGCACCGAGAGCAGAAACUGCAGCAGCUGAAAAACAAAGAGAAAGGGAAAGAGAGUGCAGUGGCAAGCACAGAAGUGAAGAUGAAAUUGCAGGAAUUCGUGUUAAACAAGAAGAAGGCUCUGGCCCACCGGAAUCUCAACCACUGCAUAUCCAGCGACCCUCGCUUCUGGUACGGGAAGACCCAGCACAGCUCUCUGGACCAGAGCUCCCCACCCCAAAGCGGCGUCUCCGGCACCUACAACCACCCAGUCCUGGGCAUGUAUGAUUCCAAAGACGACUUCCCACUCAGAAAAACAGCCUCUGAGCCCAACCUGAAGCUGCGCUCCAGACUAAAGCAGAAGGUGGCUGAGAGGAGGAGCAGUCCCCUCCUGCGCAGGAAGGACGGGCCCGUGGUGACGGCGCUCAAGAAGCGCCCGCUGGACGUCACAGGUACGGCGGACUCUGCAUGCAACAGUGCUCCUGGAUCUGGUCCCAGCUCUCCGAACAACAGCUCCAACAACAUCAGCACCGAGAAUGGAAUCGCAGGAUCAGUCACGAGUAUCCAGGCAGAGACCAGCCUGGCUCACAGGCUCGUGAACCGCGAGGGCUCCGUGACGCAGCUCCCGCUCUACACCUCACCCUCCCUGCCCAACAUCACGCUAGGACUGCCUGCCACCGGCCCUUCCAGCGCAGGACAAGCGCAGCAGGACGCGGAGAGGCUCGCAAUCCCAGCCUUACAGCAGAGGAUCUCCUUAUUCCCUGGCACUCACCUCACUCCCUACCUGAGCACUACAACGUUGGAGAGGGAUGGGGGAACUGCACACAACCCUCUCCUGCAGCACAUGGUCCUACUGGAACAGCCAACUGCACAAACACCCCUGGUCACAGACUGGUAUCUUUCAGGACUGCCCCUGCACGCACAGCCCCUGGUGGGUGGAGACAGGGUCUCCCCUUCGAUCCACAAGCUGCGGCAGCACCGCCCGCUCGGGCGCACCCAGUCUGCUCCCCUGCCCCAGAACGCCCAGGCCCUGCAGCAGCUGGUGAUCCAGCAGCAGCACCAGCAGUUCCUGGAGAAACACAAACAGCAGUUCCAGCAGCAGCAGCUGCACAUCAACAAGAUCAUCUCCAAGCCCGCUGAGCCGGCGCGGCAGCACGAGAGCCACCCCGAGGAGACGGAGGAGGAGCUGCGGGAGCACCAGGCGCUGCUGGAGGAGCCCUACGGCGAGCGGGCCGCGGGCCAGAAGGAGCCCGCGGGGCUGGCCAGCGUGGUGCAGGUCAAGCAGGAGCCCAUCGAGAGCGACGAGGAGGAGGCAGAGGCGCAGCAGGAGCUGGAGCCCGGGCAGAGGCAGGCGGAGCAGGAGCUGCUCUUCCGCCAGCAAGCCCUGCUCCUGGAGCAGCAGCGGAUUCACCAGCUGAGGAACUACCAGGCGUCGCUGGAGGCAGCUGGCAUGCCCGUGUCCUUCGGGGGACACCGACCCCUGUCCCGGGCACAGUCCUCCCCUGCCUCAGCCACUUUCCCCAUGUCCGUGCAGGAGCCACCCACUAAGCCAAGGUUCACAACAGGCCUUGUGUACGACACCUUGAUGCUGAAGCACCAGUGCACCUGUGGAAACACCAACAGCCACCCUGAGCACGCAGGCAGGAUCCAGAGCAUCUGGUCCAGGCUCCAGGAGACGGGGCUGCGGGGCAAGUGUGAGUGCAUCCGUGGCAGAAAGGCGACGCUGGAGGAGCUGCAGACGGUUCACUCGGAAGCCCACACGCUGCUCUAUGGCACAAACCCUCUGAACAGGCAGAAACUGGACAGCAAGAAGCUUCUAGGUUCCCUAACGUCGAUGUUUGUCAGGCUGCCUUGCGGUGGUGUCGGGGUCGACAGUGACACCAUUUGGAACGAGGUGCACUCGUCAGGCGCCGCUCGCCUGGCUGUGGGCUGUGUCAUCGAGCUGGUGUUCAAAGUGGCCACAGGAGAGCUGAAGAAUGGAUUUGCUGUUGUCCGGCCCCCGGGUCACCACGCAGAGGAGAGCACACCCAUGGGUUUCUGCUAUUUUAACUCUGUGGCGAUCGCAGCCAAGCUGCUCCAGCAAAGGCUUAAUGUGAGCAAAAUCCUCAUUGUGGACUGGGAUGUCCACCAUGGGAAUGGUACUCAGCAGGCCUUCUACAAUGACCCCAAUGUCCUUUAUAUCUCACUCCAUCGCUACGAUGAUGGCAACUUCUUCCCAGGCAGUGGCGCUCCAGACGAGGUUGGCACAGGAGCAGGAGUUGGUUUCAAUGUUAACAUGGCAUUUACUGGUGGUCUGGAUCCGCCCAUGGGAGACACGGAAUACUUAACUGCCUUCAGGACAGUAGUGAUGCCCAUUGCCAACGAGUUUGCCCCAGAUGUUGUGCUGGUGUCAUCUGGUUUCGAUGCUGUGGAAGGGCAUCCCACACCCCUGGGAGGAUAUAAUCUGUCAGCAAAAUGCUUUGGGUACCUGACGAAGCAGCUGAUGGGCCUGGCCGGGGGCCGUGUCGUGCUGGCCCUCGAGGGUGGCCACGACCUCACGGCCAUCUGCGACGCCUCGGAAGCUUGUGUGUCUGCCCUGCUGGGAAACGAGCUUGACCCUCUUCCAGAGAAGGUUUUCCAGCAGAGAGCAAAUGCUAACGCAGUGCAUUCCAUGGAGAAGGUCAUCGAGAUCCACAGCAAGUACUGGCAUUCCCUCCAGCGUUUCGCCUCCACGGUGGGAUAUUCCCUGGUGGAGGCCCAGAAGUGUGAGAACGAGGAGGCGGAGACAGUGACAGCCAUGGCAUCGCUGUCGGUGGGUGUGAAGCCAGCGGAGAAGAGACCUGAGGACGAACCCAUGGAAGAGGAGCCUCCCCUGUAGCACCCACCUUUGAGCUGGAGUUCUCCUGUCUGUUCGUCUUCGUCUUGAAGCUCUGCCAAGAAGCUUUCUCUUGUUACUCCUGCGUCCUGUCACGGUUAUUUCCCGAACACGGAAGGACAGCCAGGUGUAAAGCAAAGCAAGCGACACAAAAAACAAAUCUCUCUGCAUCUUUGAGUCUCUUUUUGCUGAAAAAAAACGCUGGUGAAGAGCAGCAAAGGACUGACACGUUGGGCACUCUUCCUCUGGUCCUUACCGGGAGCAGAAAGAGGAACGAUGCCUGGGAAGUCUUUGGCAGACUUGCCAAACAAAAACGAAACGCGAGAAUGAUAAAGAAAUCAAAGAUUCAACAACACAAAUCAAACAAACCUUAACAUAAAACUGGUGCUUACAAAGUUGAUUACCCACAACUGAGCAAUCUCUGCUUGAACCACUCAACCCAUUGUGUACUUUCAUUUCUUGGAUAUUUGGAAAUGGCUCUUGCCUGCCUGUGAGUCAGCAACAGCUCUUGUCGGAACUGGAAUGUUGGGAGAUGAUGGUGAAUUUUUAACAGGGAGGGACAGGGAACGAGGGACUCAUCUGACACCUAAAGAAAAGGGAAGCAGAAGGGGGGAACAGUAGCCCAGAUGGAGUCGGCUUUAUUGUCUCCAAAGCCAUCUGAAGAUGAGUUUGUGCCUUUUUUUUUAAUUGAUGGAUUUGGUGCAGCUGGAUUUUCUGAAGUUUGAGGAACAAUGCCUUAAGUAAAAAUUAAU